AGCUUUAAAUUUUAGUAGAAGUGAUUUUGACACUUUUUGUCUGAUAUUUAUCCAACUUUUAUUUUCAAAUAGAUAAGUAUUCCUAUGAGUGUGGAAUUUGAGGAAAUCAACAAGCAAAGAGAAGCAAAUGAUGAAAAUCUGAUAAUGGCUGAUUUCACGGAUGAGGAAGGCUAUGGCAAAUACCUAGACUUGCAUGAGUGCUACAACAAGUACCUGAAUAUCAAGGGACUAGAGAAAAUAGACUACAUCACAUAUCUGACAACAUUUGAUCGCUUGUACGAGAUUUCCAAGGACAAGAAAACCACACUGUACAGGGAAUACUUGCAUGUUCUCCUGGACUACCUCUAUGGCUAUGUAGAAAGAGUGAAGCCUCUUCUAGAUCUUGGGGAGGAACUUGAUGCUGUUCGCAAGGACUUCAAUGAACAGUGGGAAAAUGGCAGGUUUCCUGGAUGGCCGAAAGAGACUGGAGGUGCUUUAGCAGCCAUGGGUGCUCACUUAGACCUAUCAGCUUUCUCUUCUUCUGAGGAGCUGAUGUCACUGGGGCUGGAUCGCCUCAAAUCAGCUCUCAUGGCCUUGGGCCUAAAGUGUGGGGGAACACUGGAGGAGAGAGCACAGCGGCUUUUCAUGACAAAGGGCAAAUCGGUGGAAGAGCUGGACCCCUCCCUCUUUGCCAAAUCCAAGCCAGGAAAGGUCACCAAAGGUAAGGAGACUGAGAAGAUCAAAGAGCUUGCUGCUUUGGAAGCUCAGGUCUACCGACUGACAGAAAUUCUAUCAGAACAGAGAAAUGCAACCAAAGAAAAUGUGCAGAGAAAACAAGCUAGAAGGGAUGGCGAAGAAGAGGAGGAGGAAGAGGCAUCAGCCUCAGAGUCUGAAGAUGAAGCUGAUGAUGAGGUACCUUACAACCCAAAGAACCUUCCUCUUGGCUGGGAUGGAAAGCCCAUUCCAUAUUGGCUCUAUAAACUUCAUGGCCUCAACAUCAGUUACAACUGUGAGAUCUGUGGUAAUUUCACAUACAAGGGUCCAAAGGCAUUUCAGAGACACUUUGCUGAGUGGAGGCAUGCUCACGGCAUGAGAUGUUUGGGCAUCCCAAACACAGCUCAUUUCGCUAAUGUUACUCAGAUUGAAGAUGCCCUCAAGCUUUGGGAGAAAUUGAAAGUCCAAAAGACAUCGGAGAGAUGGCAGUCUGAACAGGAAGAAGAAUAUGAAGACUCGCAAGGAAAUGUUGUUAAUCGGAAAACUUUUGAUGAUCUCAAGAGACAGGGUUUACUUUAGGAGGAUAUUCUGAAAGGAUUUAAUAGUAAUAGUGUAAUAGAGUGGGCCACUUUAUUUUCCUGUGAAUGAUUACAUGAAUUAGUCAUUCAAAAGAGGGAUUUAAAUUUUUCAUAUAUUCUACAUGAAAAAAGCUGUUUAUAAAUGUGUAUAGUAUGUAAUAUGCAUAUUCUUGGAUAGUGCAAGAAAUGAGUAACUGAAAAAUAAGAUUCUGUCUAUGUAAAUGAUAAAUUUUAAGUUGAUUUUUAUAUCAAUAAUAAAGGACUAUUCCUUCAAUA